CUAACAAACAAGUUGCAUACCAUCCAGUAUUACCGGAGCCUUGUCCUUGUUUGUAUCGAGCGCGGUUUAUCGUUUUUUCCGAUUUCUCGCGCCUUAUCCCUAUUUAUUUCUCCCCCAAGUGACUAAUGUUGAAUCAUUGAAAAGUGCAACAUAUGACGCUUAAGACUGAAGCUAAGAAAACAAAACGAAAAGCGCGCCCUUUUUUGGUACUACCGCUACUCGAAAAUCUCUCAUUGAAAAAAUUAAACAUGCCUAAGAAAACAAAUUUAAAAUUGUUCACGAAAACUUGGCCCCAGAAGAAAGAUGGGAAGAAAGAAGAGCGUCCACUUACUGCAACUUUAGAUAAACCAACAGUACUCAACAUAAGUCUAAUAGGAAUAAUUGAUAUGAGUACAGUUCGCAAAGAAUUCCUCAACAUUUCAAACCUGUGCCGGUUUCCAAUCGCGCUCACUAUAACAAAACGAAAGAAAACGCCUGUGAUUAACCGCCCCCUCAGCCUUCCAUCCCCCGAGAAACACAAAGGGUGCAAAAAACGGCCCGAAACGAGCGAAGACAGCUACGAGGAAGAGGAAAGUAUGAGCAUCCAAAGCGCUAAAAUCAAACCCGGCAAAACCAACACCACCGUUAAAAAACCCAGCAUCUUAUCGAAAAAGAAGCCCCUCAGCGACGCUAACAACAACACGAAAACGUUCAAAAUCCCACGCAAGCGUGCUGGUACUGUUGCUAAAUUACUCGAAGUUAACAAAAACGAUUUGGGCAAAUCGACCAAACUGCCGGAACCUUGCAAAACCUGCGGCCGCCCAGACCAGCCAGAGAGGUUCCACAGCCAUCCAGCCACCCCUCUGAAAAUUGUCAAGAAGGAAGAACCCCCGAAAAUGAAGAGCACCGUUCAGAAACCGGUGGCAAUGAAAUACAAGUCGAAACAGAGUGCGGAAAAGAAGGCUUUGCCGCCCGCGCAGCGAAAGCCGUCCUUACCGGCCCAGAAGCUCGUCCACACGCCCCCGAAUGUGGGGGUGAGCCCCGAGACGGCCACCCCGCGAGUCAAGUCGGCGAAGCGGACGCUCACGUGUUAUCUCUGCGGACGCGAGUUCGGCACGGCUUCCUUGCCUCUGCACGAGCCCAAAUGUCUGCAGAAGUGGGAGAGGGAAAACGCCAGCUUGCCUAAGCACAUGCAGAGAAAACCACCGGUUAAACCGGACCAAGCCUUAACCCCCGACGAAUGGAACCAAUACGCCUGGGAGGCCUCACAGGCCACUCUGACGCCGUGCCCCAAGUGCGGGCGCACCUUCUACCCCGACCGGCUCCUUGUGCACCAGCGUAGCUGCAAAGUCGUCCAAGACAGCUCGGUCAAAAUGGAGAGUGUCUCCAGCGGGAAACUGACCCUCCGAUCGAAACUCCGCCUGGUCUUUAACAAUAUCACGGUUGAACCCAUCCUGGUAUGUUUCGUCCUUCCGUGCGUGAUGGCCAACUUGGCCACGCAAAAUCUCAACAUGGACAAGGCCUGUCGAGUUAAUCUCCAUUUAAGUGAACAAGUUUGUGAUGGAUUGGCUCUUCGUGACGUCUCCAGGUACAACCAGAGUGAUGAAGUGGCCGUCCAGAAGUUGGUAGCGACGAUGAACGCGUGGAAAAAUGUGAUUCAGUCAUUCGUGCCUUCGCUCCUUCUCUUGUUCCUGGGAUCGUGGAGUGACAGACACAAACGGCGGAAACCCUGCUUUCUGGGCCCCAUAAUCGGGGAAAUGGUGACCUGUAUGGGGCUCCUCCUUUGUACUUUCUUCUAUUACCAAUUGCCAGUAGAAUACAAUGUGUUUUUUGAAGCAGUACCACCGUCACUCACUGGAGGGUGGUUUGCUAUGUUCAUGGCCGUUUUUAGUUACGUUGGAGGAAUCACAAGUGUUCAGACGAGGACUCUCCGAAUCGGAGCCGUCAACAUCUUUGUCAAUAUCAGCUUCACUGUUGGCAAUGCUUUGAGUGGGAUCCUGUACCAACAUGUUGGGUACUAUGGGAUUUUCUCCUUGUCUCUCCUGUUUUACACUAUAGGCUUCCUCUAUGGCCUUUUAAUUGUCAAAGAAAUUCCAAAUGAGGGGAAAACCACCAACCACAAAAGCUUCCUUCGUGAUUUUUUUGAUACAAAACACAUCGCCGAGACGUUUGAAGUUGCUUUCAAAGAAGGUAAAAGAAACCGGAAGGCUAGGAUUUGUGCUAUGAUGGUUUUGUGUAUGGUGAUUAUGGGACCCAUGCAUGGAGAAGUUAGCGUUUUGUACUUAUUCGUUCGUUACAAGUUCGGAUGGAACGAGAUUGAUUACAGCAUAUACUCCACUUUUUACGUGAUCACUCACAUGUUUGGCACUCUACUCUCAUUAAUUCUUUUUACAAAAGUUCUGAAAAUUGACGAUGCCGCUCUUGGUGUUGUAUCUAGUGCCAGUCGGAUAGUGGCAUCCAUGGUUUAUGCUUUUGCCCCAAACGCAUUCACUUUUUAUGUUGGAGCUUUGAUUGAGAUUUUCAACGGUACCACUUUUAUUGCCAUGCGUUCGAUAAUAUCAAAAUUGGUACCACCAGACGAAUUGGGAAAAAUCAAUUCGUUAUUCGGGCUUUCUGAAGCAAUGGUACCAAUUAUCUACGGCCCCCUUUACAGUAUUGUGUACAAACACACCAUAAAUUACCUCCCGGGGACCUUUUUCAUAGUCGGCGGUGCCCUUACAGUACCAUCUCUCUUCAUAUUUUGCUGGUUGUACCGCGAGCACAAGAAAGACCUCGAGGAAGACGCCCAAACCCAAAUUUCAAAAUCCUCCGUCGACAAAUCAAUACCCCCAGCGCCCAUGGGUCCCCCCAGCGAGGAGUGCUACAUCUGCGGUAAAAUGUUCGGGACGCACUCCAUUAAAAUCCACGAAAAGCAGUGUCUCAAAAAAUGGCACGUGGAGAAUGACUCACUACCGGCGGAUAUCCGGGCCCCGGAACCCAAAAAAGGGGAAGUUGGGAAAGUGCGCCAAAGUCCGGAGCCCAGCUCCCGGAGGAGCAGUGUGGAGAAAGAAGAGAAGCCCUCGUCCGGGAAGAAGUCGCCGAUGUUUCCUUGCUAUAUCUGCGGCCGGCUCUUUACAGUCAACUCGAUCUACAUACACGAACCGCAGUGCUUGAAAAUGUGGAAGAUUGAAAACGACAAAUUACCGCCACAUAAAAGGAGGCCGCAACCACUCAAACCUGAUAUUAAGUUCACACAAGAUGGUAAAAUAGAUUACGAAGCGACGAACGAAGCCAAGUGGCAGAGUCACUUAAGUCAGUUGGUUCCUUGUCAAUUCUGCUCCAGGACUUUCAACCCAGACAGGGUGGAAGUGCACGAGAGGAGCUGCAAGGGUUAAUUCAAGUGUGAUUGUAUUUUUUCCAAUAAAUAAUAACAAGUU